UGUGCAAUGGUUGCAUCGAGAGAUCGAUUGAUUCUGCCUCAGUACAGAAAGAGGGAGGCUGAUAAUUGAGCUGUUCUCAAAUAAGCAGCAACAGAACCCUCUGCUCACCGAGAACAACUGCCUCGACUGUGAGAGAGCGUGCAUAUGUUCUGAAACCCAACUAGAAGAGGGGGGAAGGAAGUGGCUGCUGCAAAUUAAAAAGGCAACACUCUUGUUAAAAAAAAAAAAGAAAAAAUCUCAGGGUGCAGAGAUUAUCUUGGAGCACUGGCAAAUCUUUCAGCAUUUUUUUUAAUUGUCUCUGACUUUCCCUCUCUCUCCGUGUGCGCUCUAAAAUGGCUUAUUGCUCUCUCUCUUUUUUUUUCCACAAGGGGUAUUUUUAAUUCCAAAGUGAGGGAUUGGUCACACUUCGUCUCAUUAGCAUGAGGAGCUGUAUAAACCCCCGCCACGGCAGGAUUUUGAGCUGUGUUGAAGGGGAGGCAACAAGCGUGUCUGACUGGCUGCUGCGCGCAAGGAGCAAGUAAGUUUGACUUUGAGCACAUCUCACUUCACACAGGAGGCGGCUGGAUGGAGGUGAACUGCGCUCAUCUGCUCUGCUCACAGUGAAGCUGUCUGACAAGAGGAACAUCAGCACCACGACAAUGAUGUGGGGGAAACGGGCAACUUAUUGGCACCGGUGGAUUUCUUUAUUUUUGAUCAGCCAGUUUGUGUUUGCCUCACAGACUCGGUCUGAAGGAAAUACUAUACGAUACCACACCAAUGAGGAGGACACAGCAGGUACUGUCAUCGGAAACCUGGCCAAGGACAUGUCCUUGAGCCAGUAUCUUUCGUCCAAGACUAGUUUCAGGAUGAUGAAACAAUUCAACGACUCAUUCAUCAGGGUGAGAGAGAGCGACGGGGAACUCGCCGUGGCGGAGAGAAUAGACAGGGAGAGAAUCUGCAGACACGCUCCACAGUGCCUCAUCACUUUUGAUGUGGUGAAUUUCUCCAAAGAUCGCUACAAAUUGAUCCACGUUGAGGUGGAAGUAAGGGACAUCAAUGACAACUCUCCGGAGUUUGCCAGCAGGGAAUCUAUAGUGGAGAUCUCGGAAAACGCAGCGGUGGGGUCCCGGGUCCCUCUAGACCCAGCCUUUGACGCUGAUGUCGGCUCAAACUACAUACAAAGCUAUCAGAUUUCUGUCAACAGUCAUUUCACCAUCGAUGUGCUCCAGAGAGCGGAUGGGGUUAAAUAUGCGGAAUUGGUGCUAAUGAAAGAGCUAGACAGAGAGACCCAGUCGUCAUACAGUGUGGAGCUGGUGGCCACUGACGGCGGGUACCCGCACAGAUCCGGGUCCACAAAGAUAACUAUAAGAGUGACCGACUUUAACGACAACAGCCCCCUUUUCGACCAGAAUAGUUUCUCAGUCCGGCUCCCGGAGGACGCACCGGUUGGCACUGUUAUUCUGACCUUAAACGCAGUGGACCCCGAUGAGGGACUGAACGGAGAGGUGGUGUACGGGUUCGGUAAACAGGUUUCUCAUGAGAUCAGAGAACUUUUCCAGGUGGAUAAUAAAUCCGGUCGCCUGACGCUGAAGAGUCCCGUGGAUUUUGAGGACAAAAGAACCUAUGAGCUAGACGUGCAGGCGACCGACCUGGGUUCGAACCCCGUCCCCUCUGUGUGCAAAAUAAUAAUUCACGUCACAGACGUAAAUGACAAUGCCCCAGAAAUCAGCAUCACCCCGAUGACCUCCGUCAGCACUGGCGUGGCGCACAUCAGCGAGGCGGCAGACAAAGACAGUCUGGUGGCGCUGAUCAGCACCCUGGACAGAGACUCGGGAGUUAACAGUCAGGUCCACUGCACUUUGUACGGACACGACCAUUUCAAACUCCGACAGGCUCACGAGGACAGCUACAUGAUUGUCACGGCGGCACUUCUGGACAGGGAGAGGAUCAGCGAGUAUAAUCUGACGGUCAUGGCUGAGGACUUCGGGUCACCGCCGCUGAGAAAGAUCUCUCAGUUCACCAUCAGACUCACCGACGAGAAUGACAACGCCCCUCACUUUGCCAAGACCGUUUACGAAGUUUCAGUGGUGGAGAACAACGCUCCGGGGGCUUACAUCACCACCGUCGAGGCGAGCGACGCGGACCUGGGCAUCAACGGCAAAAUCACUUACAGGCUGGUGGAGAGCAUGAUCAUGGGCUCCCCAGUGAACACCUUUGUGUCCCUGAACUCAGUGUCAGGCUCCAUAUACGCCCUGAGAAGCUUUAAUUACGAGGUGAUGAAGCACCUGGACGUACACAUCCAGGCCAGUGACGGGGGCUUACCGCAGCUGCAGAGCACAGCUGUGGUCAGGCUAAAGAUAGUUGAUCAAAAUGACAACCAGCCGUCUAUCAUAGAGCCCCCCCUCUACAAAGGUUCUGCUGAGGUUUUCCUGCCCAGAGAUGCACCUGCAGGUUAUGUGGUGACCCACAUAAAGGCCGCAGAUGCCGAUGAAGGCACAAACGCACAGCUGUCCUAUAAAAUCACAGAGGGGGGCCACCUGGGCUUCUCCAUCAACAAAGAAACUGGGAAACUGCACGUGAGCCGCCAACUGACAUAUGAUGUCAAUGACAAUGUCAAAGUCACGGUGUCUGUCAGCGAUAAUGGAGCCCCCGCGCUCACCUCCACAGCCAUUAUACAUUUGAGCUUUGUGGAAGGAACUCUGCCCAGCGUGCCUUCCUUUGCCCCUAACGACAGCGAGGAGGUGUUUGAAUGGGACAUGUCCAUAGCCAUAAUCAUUGUACUGGCGGGCAGCUGCUCUCUCCUCCUGCUGGCUAUCAUUCUCAUUACAACCAUUUGCAGCCGCAGGAGGAAGGAGACAAGGGAGCGGGGGUGUGAUGAGAAAGAAGACAUGCCAAAUGUGGAGAAAUUGCAAAGUGGUCAUAUUGAUUCAAUGAUUGCCAACCACAAAGGCAAAGUGUUUGAUGCCCACCCAUUUCCAGGGAAACCUCCACUGGCCAACAGCAACACAACAGAAGCAGCGUGUGAAGAUGGCAGGCAGACAACAGACUCCUUUGAGUCAAACAGCAGGGUGGUGGAGGGGAAAUUAAAGGGUUACUGUACAUUACCAGGAUAUGGAAAAGAAACAGUGAGACCUAUAACAAUAUGGAAGGGUAAUUCAUUCACCACAAUCUCUGCGAGGGAGCCACACAUCAGUGGCAAGGACAGUGGCAAAGGAGACAGCGAUUUCAAUGACAGCGACUCAGACUUAAAUGGGGACGUGCACAAAAAAGAGUCACCUCCAAUGAACACUCUCUGGGCAUGUACGAGUGAGUGCAAAGUGCUGGGACACUCUGACCGCUGCUGGAACCCGCCAGCCACCAGGCCCAACACCAGUAUGGCCUGUGCACCGCAUCUGUCAACGUUCUCCAAGACAGCUUCACUGCCACGUGACACGAGGAGAGAAAACUACUACCCGAGUCACGUGGUCAAACCCAACGCACUGCAGAGUGUGUACGAAAAAGUUCAACAAACUGAGUUUGACUAUAUCCUCGUGGGUCCGCCGACACCGGCCCGAAUACAGGAGACAGAUGAGAUAUCGAUCCCGGAGUACGCAAACUCAUAAAUGAACAAAGACCUUCUCGUCCAGAAAGGAUAUCUGUCUUUAUACUGUACAGUACCUCUAUCUUUAUUGACUCCGUGUUGAAUCGUUGCAGUGUUUUGUACUGUAGUAUGUCCCGUGUCUUUUGGCUCAUGUAAGACUGUUCUUUUUUCUCAUGUGUAAUAUGCAAGAUUUUGUACAUUAAUAAUAUAUUUUUCAUAACAAUUCAAUGUAAAGACAAUUUUAUUAUGGAUUUUCAGAAAGCAUGUGUUGUUAUUAUUUAAGGGGCAUGACCUUGACCUUGGACUUACGGGCUGUAAGGGGCCUUUCUUGCUGUGGCUAAACAAUCACUAUGAAAGAUUACCAUGUUUGUGGUAGAUUUUGUCACAUUGUUGCACAAAUAAAGGACUCAAAGGAAAUCAUUCUGCUCUCCAACUCAAGUAAAAUCAGUUAGUUUUCCAGCCUUGGCGGAUUUCACUGUUAAUUUACUGUCUGUGGUAAAUAUUCAUAAAGACAGAAUAACCCCAAUUAGCCACGUGAAUACAUUUAAUUUGACUUAAAGGCUUAAGAGGAACAACAACAACAACCCUGGCGUUCAACAAAAUGGAUUUCUCAGUCAGCUUAAGUCAAAGUCACAUGUUAUGGAGGAUUUUCAGCAUAGCUCUAAUGUUGCCUCCAUUUACAUGCACAUAUUAAAGUUUCAACAACAAUUACAUAUUUUUAGAGGUCAAAAAAUACCACCACCUCUUCUGAUUGCCUCCCAGCUCACCAAUUAUCCAAAAAUGUGGCUCAAUCUGUAUCCAAGCAACAGCAGCACUGCACACUCAAAUAUCCGUCCUUUCUGCGUUUUUUUCCCCCUUUUUUAUGUUUUAAUAAGAAGCACGUAACCUUGACCGUGAUGUACAUUCAAAACAUUUGUAAAUCAGGACAUUUAACAAGCGCGGAUUCCUUCGACGUGAGUUAUGAUUGAGUGGAAUAAUGAAAGUGAGUGUUUCCAGAAUGUGCAAAGAGAUGGACAAGGCUCAGAUUUGAAUGUAACCAGGGCGACAGCAUUAUACAGAGUCUUCAUCCACACAAUGUGUAAAGAGGUCAAAGGUCACCAUCGUUGUUGUACACAGUUGAUCCACACAGUAAACUGCGUUUUUUGAGGUCAUCUACUGCACAUUGUACAAAACUUCCACAGCUUUCCAAACAUACACGUCACAAAACUCGGUGUGCAACCUGAGCGUGUUUAGUUCAACACAAUGCUGAUAUACUUGCAGGAAACACAUCUUUUUUACUUGUUUAUGUAUGUAUAUAUUUUUUUUUUAACAUACUGUACGUACAGUGGAUCCUUGGGUUAUGACAUCCUGGACCCAUUGGUGGUUAUGUCACCA